ACGAAGUGUGAAGUGAAGCAAAGGGGGGACUGGCGCAGAACAGAGAAAGAGUGUUUGUUUUUGAGCUUACCGUCUGAGGAUUCAAAGAAUCAAAUUUUUUUUCUUUCCAGAAGAAGAAGAAGAGAGGGAGAAGGAGAGGCAGCUCAGAGUGUUUAUUUGGUUUUGCUUAGAUUUCUUGCUUGUGCAUGAGGUCUGAGUGGUAGUCCCAGUGGAAUAUGAUCUAUCUUGCAUUUCAUGCUGCCAACUCAGAUGUCAACUUACUUGAACUUUUCUGACUUGAAGAGAUCAUCUCCCGGUUAGUGAUUUUGACGGGGUAUUGGACAUGAGUAUGCUGGUGAGGACAUGCUUGAGCCAAGGGAAGCUGAUAUACCUGCCCUGUUUCUGGUUUUCGUUGUGCUGCCUUUGGUUGCUUACGUUUUACUUGGAAAAUGGAGUGAGGCAUCUAAGAAGAGAGAGAGGGUAAGUUUGCUUGCUCAACUGGCUGCAGAAGAAGCACUUAGAGCAGAAGCAAUGGCUGUUGCUGAUGUUAUUCCCCCUGUGUCUCCUUCGAAGAAUGGACUUCAUGCAUGUGCCAGAUGCUUUAGUCCAGCUACAACCCGCUGCUCUAGAUGCAAGUCUGUCAGAUAUUGUUCUGGGAAAUGUCAAAUAAUUCAUUGGAGGGAAGUUCACAGGCAAGAAUGCCUACAGUUGGAACCUACUAGUUCAAGCUCAUCCCCUAAGUCUCUCUCAUUUGGAGAAUCUUUUCAUGAGAAGUUCUUACUUAAUGACAGCAUCAAUUCUCAGUACUUUGGGUGUAAGAUGGAGCAGAUUUUGGCUGAGGAAGCACCGGCUGAUAAUAUAAUGUAUCCUUCUAUAAGCACUGGUGUCCCUGCUGCUACGGUUGACUGUGCUUCAGUUGAUCCCUCUCAAGUCCCCAUGCUGGAGAGAAAGCGGGUUUCCCGAAAAUCCAACAGAGAACUGUUCAGAAAAAAAGUUGGAAUUGCAUUUGAUUCUUCUGAAGAAGCAUCCUGUGGUUGGACUACCCAAUCAACCCCUUCUAAUGUUAUUUCAUCAAAAGAUGUUUUUAUGGAGCAUAAGUUAAAAAAUUUUGACUCUCACUUAUCAGAGGAAGAAAAUCGUAAGAAACAAAGUUUCAAUAUUUCUGACAAUUAUAUAAAAGGACAAGCUACUUCAAGAAAUACAGUGCAGGAGAAUGAUAUGUUUCAAAGUCAACAUGGCAACAUAUAUGAAUCAAGAAGCAACUCUGGUUUAACAUCCUCGUCGUAUUCUUCCAAACGCGGAACAGAUGUGCAUGAAAUUGGGUUGGACUUCAUUCCGAAUGGAGGAAAUCCCCUUAAAGGGGAAACAACAUCCAAUGUUGAAACAGCAGAGUUCAAAUGUACUGAAAUGACUGCAUUGAAGGCCAGUGUAAAGGCUAAAAGAGCUCCGUAUUCUCUUGGGACCAAGGUGUCUAAAUUGCCCAAAUCAACAAUGGAAGUCUCUGGAGAGCAGUAUUGCUCAGAGAUAGAGACGCAGGGACACAUUGCUGAAGAUUCCAAAGUAGCUAGAAUGAGAGAUACCACCACACAGGGGAGCAACGGAAUUGCAAACUUAAGGAUCAUGAAGAUGAUGGGUCUAAAGAAGCCAAAAACCAUAACCAGAGAGGAUGCCCCUGAAGUCAAUGGUUAUCGACACAAAACCAAGAAGGUCCUGUUCCCUUAUGAUGAGUUUGUGAAGUACUUUCAGUGUGAAGUCUUUGACUUAUCACCUCGAGGCCUUUUGAAUUGUGGGAACAGUUGCUAUGCAAAUGCCGUCUUGCAGUGCUUAACCUGCACAAAGCCUCUCAUUAUGUAUUUGCUUCGUAGAUCACAUUCAAGCGCCUGUUGUGGUAAAGACUGGUGUCUCAUGUGUGAACUGGAGCAACAUGUGAUGAUGCUACGAGAAAGUGGGGGCCCCCUUUCUCCUAGCCGAAUUCUUUUUCACAUGAGGAGUAUUAAUUGCCAAAUUGGUGAUGGAAGUCAGGAAGAUGCACAUGAAUUUUUAAGGUCUCUCAAAAUUUUCCAGCUUCUAAUUACAUCAAUGCAAUCUAUAUGCUUGGAGGGGCUAGGUGGUGAAAACAAGGUUGAUCCCAGAUUGCAAGAAACAACUUUUAUACAACAUACAUUUGGCGGGCACCUCAGAUCAAAGGUCAAGUGUUUGAGAUGUCAUCAUGAGUCGGAACGAUAUGAAAACAUCAUGGAUCUAACGUUAGAAAUAUUUGGUUGGGUUGAGUCACUUGAGGAUGCACUGACUCAGUUUACCACCCCUGAAGAUUUGGAUGGAGAAAACAUGUACAGAUGCGGAAGGUGUGCUGCAUAUGUUCGAGCCAGGAAGCAAUUGAGCAUACACGAAGCUCCAAAUAUCCUGACAAUUGUCUUGAAGAGAUUUCAGGAGGGAAAAUAUGGGAAAAUAAAUAAGUGCAUCACUUUUCCGGACAUGCUGGAUAUGGUUCCAUUUAUGACUGGGAAGGGCGACAUUCCUCCACUUUACUUGCUCUAUGCUGUUGUGGUGCAUUUGGAUACGCAGAAUGCAUCUUUCUCUGGACAUUAUGUGGCAUAUGUGAAAGACAUGCGAGGCAAUUGGUUCAGGAUAGAUGACACUCAGGUUCAGGCCGUUUCAAUGAGCCAGGUUAUGAUGGAAGGAGCAUAUAUUUUAUUUUACAUGAGGUCUUGUCCCCGCCCUCAAAGAGCAUUCACUGGAAAAUCUAUUAGGCAGCAAGUUCCAAACGUUGAAAACCAUUGCAUGUCAAAAGCUCAGAAGUCAAGGCCAGGUCAAAGCAAACACAGCAGCCAAUUUGUUAGCCCGGUGCAUUUACCUGAUGAUAUCAGGCCAGAAAUCGCAAAUGGCUUUGCCAAUAGUACCUCCAGUGACAUCUUUAGGAGUUCUAAUGGGAAUGUUUUCCCAAUGACAGAAACAUAUGGUGAGCCCAUCGGCGUGGAGUUCUCUGAUGCCACAUCAAGCGAUUGGUCCCUUUUUACAAGUUCUGAUGAGGCCUCUUUCACAACUGAGAGUACUAGAGACUCUUUUAGUACAGUAGAUUAUGCUGAUGCAGGCAAUAUCUCGUCAAUUUUCACCACCUUAUAUGCUCCAGAGUAUUCUCGCAGUUCUGUUUCAUGCAGAAAAUUUUCAAAUAGUAGGCCAAACACUAGGUUUGUUUCUAAGGACAAGGGCCUUUUGUUGAAUUCGUACUUGUCAACCCAUCCCAUUGACAGAGUACAGAAUCGAAACUAUUCAAAACAGGUCAGUGAUUCACCGACUGCACACCCUCCAGAUAGUAAAUGCAGCACUUUUGUAAGAUAUGGGAGUAACCCAGUACACUUUCUCGGCCGAACGUCUGAUCAUUGUAAACUUUAAUCCAUGAGUACAACUGAUUAAGUAGGUGAUUUAGUCUGGUAGGAGCUAUGCCUCAAAAUUUUUGUUUUCAAUGUAUUGUUGAUUGGGGCAUGUAGUUCGUAUUAAAACAAGUAAAUGUAACCAUCUUCUUUGUUAGCUAUCUAAUUAUCGCUGAAAACUGUAAAGUCCCGGGUUUUCCCUCGCUUCAA